UAAAAUUUGAGAAACUUUGUUUUAUCAUACUGUCACACGACUGGGAUUAUAAACUAUAAGUCAUCAUGCCAUCCAAAGAAAAAGCUAUGACCAUGAGGGAAGUGUUUGAAGAAUGCCAAAAAGGGAAUUACCAUCAUAGCAAACUAUUAAAAAGAUGCAGACAAAUAUAUGAUGAGACUGACGACAAAUCUGACUUCAAUAAAGAAUUCAUCCACUAUCUAAAAUAUGCCAUAAUAGUGAUGAAAAGAGAGCCUGCUGUGGAACGCAUGCUGGACUUUGCUGCAAAGUUUGCCGUUUCCUUUGCUGAUGAAUCCCCAGAAAGCAGUAGAAAUGAAUCCACCAUCUCUCAAGAUGAAGGCAAUGAAGACUCGUUCUUGCAGUUUUUCUUUAAUUUCUUUCUCCAGUCUCAUGGUGCAAACUAUGCUGCCGUUAGAUUCCGAUCAUGUCAGAUGAUCAAUAAAUUGCUCAAUAGCAUGGGAGACGACGCUCAGAUUGAUGAUAAUCUCUUUGAUAAAAUCUAUGAUAACAUGUUGGUUAGAUUGAGAGAUAAAAUGGCUUAUGUACGUGUCCAAGCUGUGACUGCUCUAGCCAGACUCCAAGAUCCCACCGAUAAAAACUGUCCUGUCAUUAAAGCCUACAUGUAUAUGUUGAACUGUGAUCCUAACUAUGAAGUGAGACGUACUAUCCUGAACUGUAUAGCUCCGUCUGCACAGACUUUACCAGUUGUACUCAAACGCACUCACGAUGUUAAGGAUGACGUGCGUAAACUGGCAUUUAAUGUUCUAGCAGAGAAGAUUCAUGUGAAAGCAAUGCGCAUUUCUCAGCGAGUGGAGUUGUUACAAGAUGGGUUGAAUGACAGAUCAGAGUUGGUGAAGCAGACCUGUGCAACUAAGUUACUUCAGGCAUGGUUGAGAACCUUUCAAGGCAAUGUCAUUGAUCUAUUAAACUGUCUGGAUGUGGAAAGCUCCAGUGAUGUAGCUGAACAGGCCCUCAACAGUUUAUUCAAGUCAGUACCUGCUGAUGAACUGAUGAGCAAUUUUGAUCUGCUCAAUGACAAGAUGGUAAUUGAUGAGGACUCGUUAGACUGUGAGAGUGCAUUGUAUUGGAAGUGUUUGUGUCAACACAUCAAAUCACUAGGAGAUGCAGGCGAUGAGUACUUGGAAAAACUACUACCAACUUUAUCUCAGUUUUGUGACUAUGUUCAGAGUUACAUGGUUAAAAUAAAACCAAGUAAGAAUCUUGAUAAUGUUGAAGAGACAUUGAGACAGGAAUUCAUAGCCCAGCAGCUUUUAAUAUUAGCUGGGGUGUUGGAUCUUACUGAUGAAGUUGGCAGAAAGCGUCUGGACAAGCUGGUUCAUGAUAUGUUGGUGUCUCCUGAUAUAUCAGCAUCACUCGUCAAGUUUUUGCUGGAGAGAUUCAAUGAUUUGCAUUCUGAUGUCAAUAGCCGAAUCACCAAGGUUGCUGAGAUCAUUUCUGAUGUGAGGGAACCCAUCACUGUUGUUGAGACUCAAGAAAAUGAGAAGAAAAAAAGACAACGAGACCUGAAGCUGGCUGGCGUGAGAGUCAAACUGAAUCAGCUGAAAGAUGAUCUGGAAAACUCUGUGACUAAGCAAGAAUUUGCAAUAGCAGCAGAGAUAAAGGUGGAGAUUGCAAAAUUAGACGAGGCAAAGGCUAAACUGCUAGCAGAAGAAGAAGAUUCAGCUUUAAUUCAGGAAGUCAGAACUGAAAAGAAUGAUCCAGCUACUCUGACCAAAUGCCUAUCUAUAGCCAGUGAGAUGUUACAAGAACUAAGCACAUCAAGUCUUAAUCCAGUUCUUAGAACUCUAGCUGACACUUUGAUAAUACCAGGCAUUCAGAAUGCAGAUCCUGUGGUACGUAAUCUGGCUGUGAAGAGUCUUGGCUUAUGCUGUCAACUAUCAAAGGACUUUGCUAAACAGUAUCUGCUCCUGUUGAUGCAGGUAUCUCAAGUUGACCAAGAAACCAUCCGUGUGACAGCCAUACAAAGCAUAUUUGAUCUCUUGCUGUUAUUUGGUUUUAAUUCCUUCAACACAUGUGAUGAAGACAAGAGUAAUGAGAGUAAAGAUAGCAAUGACGAUGAGGAAGAACGAGAUGGUAAUGCUAACAAUGAUGAUGGUGAUGCAUCCCAAUCAGAUAAAGACACAAGCAAGGAUAAAGAGGAGUCCAAUGUAGCUCAUAGUGUUCUUAACAUCAUGACUACUUUGUUAGAUUGUGAGAGUUCUGAAAUCCGCACUGUAGCUGCUGAGGGUCUGUGUAAACUAUUACUGUCCGGUCGUAUAGUGUCUUCCAAGCUGAUAUCUCGCCUUGUUAUACUAUGGUACAACCCAAUUACUGAAGAUGAUACCAGACUACGUCAUUGCCUUGGUUCUUUCUUACCAUUGUAUGCCUUCGCUAGCAGAACUCAUCAGGAAUGUGUUGGUGAAGCCUUCCUACCUAACUCUUAACGUUCUUUUUCAAUGCUCCUGUUUUCUCCCCGUU